AUGAUGCGUGAGAGUAUUCGAAGAGGACCAGUUGUAUGUGAUAAUUCCUAUCCUUGUUCCACACAUGAAAUGUCAUGUAAACAUUUUAAAUCCUCAUCACCAUUUAAAUGUCAUAAGAAGUAUGGGACUGGAAGAAUGAAACUCUCAUCCAAAAUAUGUCAUAAAAAGGAUACUGGAAAACAUGAAACACCUAGUCAAAACUCUUCAGAUAUUUGUCAACUAGAUAAUAUUCCUAGUAGUAACAGUGAGAAUAGUUCAAUGAAUAUUAAUUCUGAUGAUAAUAUAAAAGAAUCUAUACUGAAUCCUAUUAAUAUGGAUAAUUGUAGUAUUCUUCAACAUGAACAUUGUAAUGAUACACAAUCUAACCAAAAUAUCUUUUUUGAUUUAUUAUCUAAACUUGAAAGACAUUUGGAUGAAGAGAGAAAAGCCAAUGCAAAAUUACAAGUUGAAUUAAUGAAUAAAACUGAAUAUGAAAAAAAAAUAUCUGAUCUACGAUCCAGUUAUGAAGCGGAAGUAUUUCGUUUACAAAAUGUGAUAACACGUUUACAAGGCAAUUCACAUUAUAACGACAAAAUAAGUCAUGAUGAUGAAAAAUUAGUGAACUCCAAUACAGAAGUUAAGGAAUUGAGUGUCAUAAGAAAUAAUGAUGCCGAAUCGAUUACUGAAAAUAGUAUUAAACCUGUGCAUAAUUUCACUAGUAUGGAUGAACUGAAAAAAGAGUAUGAAAAGCAAGAAUUACUAAUUGCAGGUUAUCAACGUGAAAAUGAAAAAUUGUAUGCAUCUAUUAAAAAGUUACGAAAAGAUAACCCAACUGAAACCGAAGAUUCACAGACAGCAAAACGUUUGACUACUGAAAAUCUUUCUUUAAGAGUUGAAGUUGAACAAUUAAAUAAAGAAUUGAAACUACGUAGUCAACAAAUAUGUAUCAUGUUAUCUAAAAAUUCAAGAUUGAAUCAAGAAAAUCGAAUAAAUGAAUUACAAGAACUGAAUAAACAAUUGGACAAUGACAGAAAUAAAUUAACAAAAGAAUUAAAUGAUACACGUUUAGAGUUGACAAACAUUAAUUUAAAAAUGAAUAAUCAUAUCCAUGAGAAAAAUGAUUUAUUAGAAAAAUAUGAAUCUUUUAAAGAAAAAUCUCAAACAGAUUAUACAAAUAUGAAAGAAACAUUUUUAUCUCAAAUAGAAAAUCUUCAAAAGAAAUUACGUUGGUACAUUGAAAAUCAAUCAAUAAUUAUUAAAGAUUCAAAGAAAUUACAAAAUCAAGCUAGAGAACUGGAAAAAUUGCAAGCGGAAUUAUCAUAUUUUAAAAGUAAACAGGUUUCUGGUCCCAAGUCAAAUGAAUCAAAACAGCCAUAUAACAGUAAGGAUUUAUCAAAUGAAAGUGAACAAGCAUUUCUUCUUGAAAGGAUUAAAUUUCUUGAAUCAGAAUUAGAUAGAGCUCAUGAAAAUGAGAAACGAGCUAUUCGUGCACUUCAGCAACAAUAUGAAAGAGUUAAAUUACAGUAUGAAGAUCGUAUUGAAUCAUUAGAAUCAUAUAUUAACUUAUAUUGUAUUCAUAAUCAAAUUAAUUCAUCAUUAUUAUCAUCACAAAAUAAUAAUAUUUUAAAAUUAAAUCACUUAGAUACUAUUAAAAAUAAACCAAUAAAAAAUUCAUUGAAAAUAUUAAAACAAAAAAAUAAUUCUAAUCAAUCAAUAAUUCUUUUAAAUUUAUUAAAUAAUUUACGCGGUCAAAUAACAAAUUUAAAAAGACAAUUAAAACAAAGACAACAAACUAUUGAACAAAUGAAACAUUUUGCACAAUUAAAUAGUAACCAUUUAAACAAUAACAACAACAACAACAACAACAGGGAUAAUAAUAAUAAUAAUAAAUUAAAUAUGACAAUAAAAAAUAAAUUCAAAUCAUCAAUACAAAAAAAUAAACCAUUUCAUUAUCCAUAUCAAUAUGAAAUUCAAUGUAGACAAAUAAAUAUGAUUAAUGAUAAAGUAAAUUUAAAAAAUAAAAUAACCAGUUCAAAAGAGCGAAACAAUGAAGAUGUAUCCAUCAACGAUAAAGAAUCAAUUAGUUUGAAAGAACAUAAUGCACUUAAGAACUUGUUACAGAGUCAUAUAACUAAACUUGAAAUUGAGCUGAAAAAAUCACAGGAAUCAGUGAAAUCUGGAGUAACUUGUGAUGCAUCCACAAGCACUGAUUUCAUUGAAAGAACUGAUGAUUCAUAUAUCAAACUUCUGGAGAGGCAAGUUAAAAAUCAAAUUGAUACCAUUGUGUCCAGACAAACAGAAUUAAAUCGACUGAAAAAAUUAAUGACCAAUCGAAAUAAACGUCAUCAUCAUACUCAUCUUCACCAUCAUUUGCACAACGGGGAUAAAAGUGAAUAUACAGAUGAAAACAUUCCUUCUUCAUUAUUACACAACGAAGAUGAUGAUAAUAUUGAAGAAUAUAUGAAUGAAAUGUAUAUUAAUCCAAAUGAUUGUACAAAUCUUGAGGCAGAUUACUGGCGUAAUAUUGCAUUGAAAAUGAAUAAUGAAUUACAUAAUUUACAGAAUGAUGCAAAUAUACUUGUAAAUAUCUUAACAGAAUUACAACCAUAAAAAUUGAUUAAUUAAUUAAAUGAUUAAUUAAUUUACA